AUGACAGGAAGAAAUCAAACUGUCAUAUCAGAAUUUCUCCUCCUGGGCCUGCCCAUCAGGCCAGAGCAGCAGAACCUGUUCUAUGCCCUGUUCCUGGCCAUGUAUCUAACCACCGUCCUGGGGAACCUUCUCAUCAUCGUCCUCAUCCGCUUGGACUCUCACCUCCACACGCCCAUGUAUAUGUUUCUUAGCAAUUUGUCUUUCUCUGACCUCUGCUUCUCCUCUGUCACGAUGCCCAAGUUACUGCAGAACAUGCAGAGCCAGGUCCCUUCCAUCCCCUACGCCGGCUGUCUGACCCAAAUGUACUUCUUCCUGUUUUUUGCAGACCUGGAGAGCUUCCUCCUGGUGGCCAUGGCCUAUGACCGCUAUGUGGCCAUCUGCUUCCCUCUGCACUACACCAGCAUCAUGAGCCCCAGGCUCUGUGUGUCCCUGGUGGUGCUGUCCUGGGUUGUGACCACCUUCCACGCCAUGUUACACACUCUGCUCAUGGCCAGGUUGUGUUUUUGCGCAGACAAUGUGAUCCCCCACUUUUUCUGUGACAUGUCUGCUCUGCUGAAGCUGUCCUGCUCGGACACUCGAGUUAACGAGCUGGUGAUAUUCAUCAUGGGGGGCCUCAUCCUCGUUGUUCCAUUCCUACUCAUCAUCAUGUCCUAUGGACGAAUCGUGUCCUCCAUCCUGAAGGUCCCUUCUGUCAGGGGGAUCCGCAAGGCCUUCUCCACCUGUGGCUCCCACCUCUCUGUGGUGUCGCUGUUCUAUGGGACAGUCAUUGGUCUGUAUUUAAUCCCUUCAUCUAAUAAUUCUACUGUUAAGGAGACUGUCAUGGCUAUGAUGUACACUGUGGUGACCCCCAUGCUGAACCCCUUCAUCUACAGCCUGCGGAACAGAGACAUGAAAGGGGCUUUGGGAAGAGUCUUUAGCAAAAAGAAAACUCCCUUUUACCUAUGA